AUGAAAACGUCCAAAGUCCCCGGCCGGACCACUCCGUGUGUCCAGAUUACGCCGCAACACGACCUUGCAAACCCCCACACCUUCGUCUGGGAAGCCGUAGAGCACUCGCUAUAUCUAGCUCCUUCGCCCAACCCCUACCACAUGGCUCCUGGUCGGUGUCACCGCACUCACACCUCGACUUCACCUUGCAUACCAUUCGCCUGCCAGAGCGUUUCGCAAACCUGCAGCAUCCCGCCCGUCACGCAUCGACCUUCCAUAGGGCAGAACCUGUAUCACAAUACAGUGUCAACGACGUCCAUGUGUGCGCCGCCUCCUCCGGCAAAGCCCAUACAGACCGUUAUAAGCCGUUUGGUACCCCAGGCCACCGUCCAACAAGUUCAGGUGAUGCCAUCGGUCCAUUGUCAACGCGUCUAUGGAGUCAAAGUCUCCACCGGAGCGAGCUUGGUUCUCGUCGUUCCCCCGCCGCCUAUGGUCAAGCUGCUGCGAUCCGAACGAGCCUCCGUCGUCUCGGAGGCUGCCGUAUUAAGAUGGCUUGCUGGCAAAACUGUCGAGACGCCUCUUCUCCAUGAGAAAGUUACGGAAACAGAAGGCUCGCCUUGGUCAACCUCUCCCAUUGCCACUUACGAGAGUGGGACCACGAAUUGUUCUGAUGUCGCGGUACAAGAACUGCGGGCUUUGGUUCCAACCCUCAUAUCACAUACGGCCGCCACGAACGAGCUGGGCCUCGAAUGCAAUCUCGUCAAGCCAACACUAGGCACCCCCAUCUCCGAACUCAGUCCACCACUCUCAUCGGCCGAACGGAGAACAGUUGAUUUUCAAACUGGUCAAUUAUAUCGGCAGCUUUGUGAGCAAGUGUCACCCACUGGACGAUUCGGACCUGCAUUUGCUGUUCUACCUCCAUGUGCGCCAUCACCAGCUACAGACUCCACGAAGUCUACGAGGCGAGAUGUAGCCGCGAGAUUGAUGGAAUCAAGAGGCGUCCAUACCUGGACUGUGGCCUUCCACUCAAUGUUAGAGGCAGUGCUUCGUGACGGGGAGGAUAUGCAAGUAAUGUUGGGUUACAGUGCCAUUCGACGGCAGUUCAAGCGUUUCGAGCAUGUGCUGGAUGGAAUCAAAACACCCCGGCUGGUGGCUGUUGACGUCGGCAAAGAUGUCAACACCCUUGUGUUCAGAAAACGAGGCUCCGGAGACGACGCAUCUCUGGUCGAGUACAGACCGCAGGGGAGAUUUCAACACACAGACCGCCGCGGUAGUGACGCAAGUAGCGAGGUUGGCGAUGAGUAUGAUACCGGCUCGGAUUCCGGAGACGACAACGCGUCACUGACUCUCCAACACGACGAUGGCAUCGUCAUGGCUGGCAUGAAGGAUUGGAGCAACUUCGUCUUUGGAGAUCCACUUUUUGCUCUCAAUAUCGGUCGUGAGCCUAGUGGUGAUUUUCUUGCGGGAUUCAACUGGUCCUCAAACACUCGACACACCAUCAUCUCAAUGUUUUCCUCGGAUCUGAUUGAGGACAAGGAGAGAGCUCACGUCCGCCUGCUGCUAUACGACUGCUACCAUACAAUCACGCACAUUGCGAGAACAUACUUCCGCCCGCAAAAGGACAUCAGCGGACGCGAGCUGGAGGCACGAAAGAGGUUGAACGCUAUCCUGUCGCAGCUUGAUGCUCUUGAUGACGCCGGCACACGGAGGGGAAGAAGACCAAGUGGCGAAUCAAGCCCGGCCAAUAAACGGUCGAAGAGCGGGGAAUCGUCCGACUAG